UUUACAAAUGCCUCGUCUCAGCUAAAUCACGGGAAACUGUACCCAGAAUUAUCGGAGUGAAAGACUACUUCCACGGUGCUCGGAGCAAACGGAGCUAAUUUAAAGUUUAGUUCCUGACGAGGCCUAUCUGUGAAGGAAGGUUGGAGCCAUGUCAUUCAACUCCCCGAACAGACCCACCCAGAUGCAGCAAACGUUGAAAGAGGAGCGUGAAGCUAAGCGGGCUCAGCUGGAUGGAAGACAUGACUACAUCCUCAGUAUUGUGGCGUUAUGCGUCGGGCUGGAGAAGGCAGAUGUGGAAGAUGCCAUACUGGAAGGGAACCAGAUUGACCGCAUGGAGCAGUUUUUCAUGGCUGAUGGUCUUCCUCACCUAAUGCUCUUCUAUCAGGACACUGAACCAGUUGAAGGAGCAGCAGCCUCUGUGCCCGCCCAGCCUGUUGCUCAGCAGCCUGGUCACAGCGAGAAGUCCAAAGUGUUUGUAACAGAUGGGAAGGAUGUGGCACAGACCGGAGUGUGUCUCUUCUUUACCAGAGCCAAUACUUCAAAGGCAGUCACCUCUGAGAACAUACACAGAGAUGUAAAUCUCAAUAUGUUGGAUACAACAGAAGGAGGUCUUUUAAAAAGUGUGGAGCAGUUGUUCUCUGAGAUCCUCAUUCCCACACUGAAGAAGAUGAACCACGGUUGGGGGGAGGUGGCAAGUCCCCAGACCCAGGCUGUCAAACAGGACUUCAUAUCGUCAAUGGAAAGCUUUGUGUCUGUGUUGGCUGGAGCACAGGAGAGCCUUCAGGAAAGGGUUACAUUGAAAGAGUGUGACACCUUUGACUUGCGGCUCCUGAGGGGCCCAUCUGACUAUGUGUCAGCUGCCAGCAGCACAGAGACCGUAGAGAAGAUGAAGGCCUGCAUGAAAGUCUGGAUCAAACAGCUAGAACAGGUUUUAGCUGAGAGUGACCAGCUUAGAAAGGAGGCUGAUGACCUUGGCCCUCGGGCUGAAGUGGACCACUGGAAGAAACGGAUGACUCGCUUCAACUACCUUCUUGACCAGCUGAAGAGCCCUGAUGUCAAGGCUGUUCUGGGUGUGCUCUUGAUGGCCAAAUCUAAGCUCAUGAAGUCAUGGCGAGAACUGGAUGCCAGGAUCACAGAUGGUGUUAAUGAGGCCAAAGACAAUGUCAAGUAUCUCUGCAGCCUGGAGAAGUUUUAUGACCCGCUCUACAACAGCGACCCUGUAUCAAUGGUGGAUGCAAUCCCAGGUCUGAUCAAUGCCAUCAAGAUGAUUCACAGUAUUUCCCACUACUACAACACAUCUGAAAAGAUUACAUCACUUUUUGUAAAGGUAAUCUGCUAA